AUGGAUGCAGAGGAAGAAAAAUCCAAACACGCCCCUCGUUUAACUAAGUACCAAACAACCAAAUUUGUUGUGUUGUACUUCAAAGUCAAGUCAAGUCAAGGGAAGGAAACCUCGCGGCAAGUUUUGUUCCACUCUUUCCGCAAGUUCAAAUCUUCCCCUAGAAAACAGUCCUCAUCCCUCUUUAUAAUGAUGGAAGUGGCAGUUAAAUAUUAUCGUAUAUUGGGGGACCGAAAACGAUGGAUGGUGUAUGCUCCAAACCAAAAGCAGAAAAUGCUGUGUUACCUUCUUCAAUCUUCUGAGAAUUGGAUAGCCAUGCUUGUUCUGUUCUUCACCUAG